CCCUCUCCCUCAGACAUUCACGAUGGCCCGCCGAUAUGACAGUCGUACUACGAUCUUCUCCCCUGAGGGACGAUUGUAUCAGAUCGAGUACGCCAUGGAGGCCAUCUCGCACGCCGGCACUGUGCUUGGGGUUCUCGCAAAGGACGGCGUUGUCCUCGCGGCCGAAAAGAAGGUCACUGGAAAACUCCUCGACAUGUCUCUUGCGAAAGAUGGUGGCUAUGGUGGGAGCGGGGAGAAGAUCUUCUUACUGAACUCAAACGUCGUCGCUGGUGUCGCAGGCUGGACGGCCGAUGCUAAUUCCCUCAUCAAUUACGCGCGUACGGCUGCACAGCGGCACUUGCUCAUGUACAACGAAGACAUCCCCGUCGAAGUCCUUGCACAACGGCUCUGCGAUAUGAAGCAGGGGUACACGCAAUACGGAGGUCUCCGUCCAUUCGGUGUCUCCCUCCUCUAUGCCGGCUACGAUCCCCACUACCAGUUCCAGCUCUACCACUCCGACCCAUCGGGCAACUACUCUGGAUGGAAGGCGACAUGUAUCGGCGCCAACAACGGGACGGCACAGUCCUUACUGAAGCAGGAGUACAAGGACGACAUCGAGGUGAAGGAUGCGAUUGGCUUAGUGCUCCGGACGAUGAGCAAGACGAUGGACAGUACGACGUUAGGUAGCGAGAAGCUCGAGUUUGCGGUUCUCACUCUCGACCCGGAAACAAAGAAGCCAAAGGCGAAGAUCUAUCGUCCGUCGGAGAUCGACGCGCUGCUGCAGUCAGAAGGUUUGGCAAAGAAAGACGAGGACGCAGUCAUGACUUCUGCGUGAGGAAGAGACUUGUAUCCAGACACGGAGAUAACUUCUGUAUCAAUAUUAUCGAGCACUUGACAUUC